AUGUUCCAAGCCAAAUUAGAAGAAGGAGUACUAUUUAAAAAAAUAGUUGACUCUAUAAAAGAUUUAGUAAAGCAAGUAAAUAUUGAUGCGAAUCCAAACGGCCUAUCCAUGCAAGCUAUGGACUCAGCUCACGUUGCCUUAGUAUCUUUAAAAUUAAACGAAAACGGUUUUAAAGACUAUAGAUGUGACCGUCCCUUAACCCUCGGUCUUUCUAUCGAAAACCUAUCCAAAAUCUUAAAAUGUGCUGGAAAUGAUGACAUAAUUACUCUUUAAACUGAUGAAGAAGAACCUUCUACAUUAAAGUUUUUAUUCGAAAAUCCUUAAGCAACUAAAGUUUCUGAAUUUUGUUUAAAUUUAUUAAGUCUUGAUUCUGAAGCUUUAGGAAUUCCAGAAACUGAAUAUUCAUCCACUAUUGAUAUGCCUUCUUCUGAAUUUUCUCGUAUAUGUAAAGAACUUAGUUCUAUUUCUGAAACAGUUGAUAUUGAAACUUCAAAAGAAACGGCUAAAUUUAGUGUUUCAGGAGAUAUUGGUAAUGGAUCAAUAACAAUUAAACAUAAUGAAGGUGAAAAAGAAGGAGAAAAAGUAUGCUUAAAUGUUGAUUAACCUGUAAAAUUAACUUUCGCUUUAAGAUAUUUGAAUAUGUUUAAUAAAGCUAUGUCUUUGAGUAAUUAAGUUAGUUUGAAUAUGUCUGAAGAAAACCCUCUUAUGGUAGAAUAUAAAAUAGGAAAAUUAGGAAAUUUAAGAUUCUAUUUAGCUCCUAAGAUUAAUGAUGAAGAAAAUUGA